AUUCCAGUAGAUCUUGAAUCUAUCGAUCUUUUUAGGAACAUUACUAACGGUCCUUAUUUCUUUAUUUUUAUGGAAGCUUUUUGGACAGCUCUGGAUGAUCCUUUGGACACUCUUGGACGUUCUUGGAUGAUUCUUCUUGGACUUAACG